UGUUACCAUACCAAACAAUAAUAAUUCCUCGUGGUUGGAUUGUUUGUGUGAGCUGUGCUAUGACUCCAUUUGAAGGCAUGCAGGAACCUGUCAGGGCAGCUGUGUGGUACUGUCUGAACAACUACUGCUAUGACGAUGCUGUGUUUCUGGCCGAGAGACUGCAUGCUGAAGGUAGUGUCCUCGACAGACACGUCUUACCUACUGGCCACUUGCUACUAUCGUUCUGGACGAGUGCAGCAAGCCAAGCACCACCUCUCCAAGGAGGGCGUCCUCUCACACCCUCACUGCUCCCUGCUCUACGCACAGUGCUGCCUCACACUCAAGCAAUACAAGAGUGGUCUGGUGGCAUUGCAUGGUCUACUCUGUCUGGGUGAAGUAUCGGAGUCCAACUUCGUACAUCGCUAUGGCAACGAGACAGGGGUUGCCCUGCACCUACUGGGCAUGCUCAAUCUGAGACUUAACCAAACUAAGGAGGCCGUGAGACACUUCAGAGCAGCUCUCAAGUACAACCCUUUCCUCUGGUCCGCCUUUGAGAAACUGUGUGAUCUCGGAGAACCAGUGUCGGCCAGCGAGUGCUUCACAAUGACUGCCUUCCCAGCGUUCCUACGACACUCUCACUACCCUCACACCUCCACACACCCACCACCCUCACAGCCUCAGGGCACUCACACCAUCACACACAACACUCCCAUUGAUCCGGCUCCAACAAGCAAUGCUUUCACAGUUGACCCCUCAUUGAAACACACCUAUGUGACUCCUGGCCUCUUUGCACAGCCAACUCUCGGCAAAGCAAUAGCUUCCUCCACCCCCUCUUCUCUGAGAACCAUAUCUUUUCCUCACGAGCCAAUCCCCUUUAGACUGGGGCAAGAUACUAUGUCUGUAGAUAGACACCUCAAAGACCACGCCUCCUCUGGAGUGGGCGUGCUCACUGAUCCAAAAAUGGUUGCCGGUGGAAAGCGGACGUUCUCCGGAGAUGGAGGCUUGAGUGUUGUGAGAGGAGUUCUGGAUUUUGGGUCAGCCUCAGUAGAGAGUGGUAGGGUCAUGUCCAAGACAGCAGCAUUAAUGCCACUCACUCCAAGUUUUGGCGUUCUCAACCUGACCACACCCACUCUGGUCACGCCCACAGAGGGGGUUCCCCACUCCCUGAACUUUGACUCAGUGACCCCUUCCCCCACACCACUGCCUCCAGACUAUCUCAACACCAUCGUCUCAGCACCAAGGUCUAAUAAGGGUCUGGGUCGAAAGAGUCUCCGAUUGCCUAGUGCUGAUAGGCAAUCAAUCUUGUUGGACCAGUCCGAGACAACCACCUCACCAGAUGCCCGAGGGUCAGAGUUCACCCACCCGCUAAUGCACAGCACCACUGUGACAUCAUCAGCAUCAGCUACCAAUCAGAUGCCAGCACGUGAGUCUGUGACCACACCUCCUAGAACCACGCCUCCUGGGACGGGACUCAGAAUACCUCCUAAGAGUUCCCUGAGUAUUCGGAGGAGUGCUAGGCUUGCGGGCGGCAAAAGAGACGUACAGAGCACUCGUGGAAAGUCUCGCUCAAAGAUCAGCAGCCUCAGCAGGAGAACCUUCGACCCCUCAUUAAAGAAGGUCACCUUCAGCUCUCCAUCUCUCAGUGGAGGGGGUAAGCAUGACGACAGACUGCCCCCCUCAUCCAAGGUGGCUCGACUAGCCACACCCGCUCACACUCCGUCCAAUAGGAUUACAUCGUCUCAACACGGUAGCGCUGUUCUACGAGGUGUAAAAGAAAACGUUUGUGAGGGUGUCAGGACUGAGAGUGAGAGUGUGAAAACGGUUGAGAGCAGUGAAGAGACGCUCGCUAAGAGACAAGCGGAGGUGGAACAAGCUGCUAUGACCGGACUCAAUUCCCUGAUGCAGCUCCUAGUGAAGUUAGGCUCUGCCUACCAUUCUCUGUCCUUGUACAAUCUUGGUCAGGCAAUAGAAGAGUUUGAAACGAUUGCCCCGCAUCACUCUGGUACGGCCUGGGUGACUAGUCAACUGGCUAGGGCAUACUUUGCUGGAGAAAGGUUCAAACAGAGUGCUAAACUAUAUGGAGAGGUGCAUGCCAUGGACCCUCAUCGUCAGGAAGGUAUGGAGUUGUAUAGCUCAGCGCUGUGUCACCUGCAGAAAGACGUCCAGCUGUCAGUGGUGGCCGAGGCACUACACUCCUCCGACAAGACCAGCCCUCGUGCACUCUGUGCCAUGGCAUCCAUUAUGAACAGGUACAAGGAUCACACCUCUGCCAUCAAGUACCUCCAGAGGGCCAUUCAGGUGUGCCCCCAGUUUGAGUACGCCCACACACUCCUGGGUCUAGAGUGGUGGAUCACUAAAGACUUUGACAAGGCUCUCACUUGCUUCCAAGAGGCAGUCACCAUUAACCCUCGUCACUAUAAUGCUUGGUACGGCUUGUCUCACGUUCACUACACUCAGGAGAAGUACUCGUUUGCCGAGAUCUACGCUGUCAGAGCUCUGACCAUCAACAAGUGCUCCUCCAUCGCGUGUACUCAAACGGCACUGGCCAAGUUCCAACAGAAGCAGUACCCUGAGGCACUGGCUUCUCUCAACAGAGCCAUAGCCAUCAACUCCACCAAUCCCAUCCCACAAUUUCACAGAGCCAAAGUGUUGGAGGUAUUAAACAGAGAAGAGGAGGCCAUCCAACAACUGGACAAACUCGCCGUCAUAUGGCCGACUGAACCUAACCUCUACGUCUCCAAGGGGAAGAUCCUCCAGAAAUUGAACAGAAUGCCUGAGGCUAUCCUCCACUUCUCCUGGGCGAGAGAUUUUGGCAAGACAGAAACGAGUGGACAGAUGAGGGAGGAGAUUGACCAGGUGUACUACGGCGGAGGGGAGGGGGAAGAGGAGGAGCUCGACACAUUUACUGUCGAUGAGGAUGUGAAUAUGGACAGUGGUGAGGACUAGUACCUCAACCGACUAUGUUAGUAGACCUACCUAUGAAAUUAUUGUGUAUUUGCAUUCUGACUUGCUAACUUCAUAUGCUCAUGUGUGUGUUUGCUUGUUUGUGUUAUUUUAUUAUAGUUCUUUGUCAUUAUUGUCCCCGGUUAGUUCUCUCUGACUUGCUAAUUUGUUAAUAGUCUAUGCUUCUUAGUAGUCAUUUGCAAAUACCUAUCGUUCAGUUCCUGUUAAUUCCAUCAUUUUGACCUUAUUGAAAGAAUAUUUGCUGAAUA